CCUUUCUAUUCCAUUUAACAAUCGUCAUCCCUUCAUUUUCCCUGUGAAAAAAUCAUGGAGUUUUUGGACGAAGACGCUAGACCCAGAUUCCUCUUCCAAUCAAAGCCUCAAUCUUCUUCUUCCUCCGAGCGACCCUCCCCACAAAAACCUUCAAAACCAUUCCUUUUCAUUUCCCUUUCAAUCUCUUCCAUUAUCCUUUCCCUUUCCCUCUUCUCCAUUGAAUCCGAACCCUUCAAAUCUCUCCUCUUUUGGCUCUCUUUCUCCCUUUUCCUCGGCCCAUUCGCCCCCCCUUCCCUCACCGGCGGUGACAUCCGCGUCGGCGUUGGCCCCAUCAUCACUGAUCCCAUCAAACAAGACCCACAACCCGAGACUGAAUCUAAGAAAAAAUCAUCUCAAAAACGUUCAAAGCCUGAUAAAAUCGAUGAACCAAUUGGAAAUCAUGGGGAUUUAGCUGGAAACGGAAAUGGGUUUUCAGAUUCAAAGGUGAAAAGCAAAGAGUCGAAGAAAAAAGAAGAUCUGGGGAGCAAUUUCGAUGGAGAAGGUAAGGAAUGGAGUGAAACUGAAAUUGAGAUUUUGAAGAAACAAAUGGUGAAAAACCCAGUGGGGAAACCGGGUAGAUGGGAAGCUAUAGCUUCAGCAUUUAAAGGGAAAUACAAAACAGAUAGUGUGAUUAAAAAAGCAAAGGAAUUAGGUGAGAAAAAAAUAGAUGACAGUGAUUCAUAUGCUCAGUUUUUGAAGAAUAGGAAACCAGUUGAUACGAGGAUCAAUGAUGAAAAUGAAGCAGUGAUACAGGCUAAUUGGAAUUCAGGGGAAGAUAUUGCUUUACUCAAUGCUUUGAAAACUUUUCCUAAAGAUGUAACAAUGAGAUGGGAAAAGAUUUCUGCUGCUGUACCUGGGAAAUCAAAAGCUGCUUGUAUGAAAAGAGUUGCUGAACUGAAAAAGGAUUUUAGGAGCUCUAAAGCUAGUAAUGGUGGGAAUUAAAAUGGGGUUUUGGAGCUCUUUUUUUGAAGAAUUUUUGGAGGUAAAUUGAAUAUUUCUGCUAAUUAUAUUCAUGUUAUUGAGAGAAUUUAUAUUUCACUUGCAUGUAUUUUAUAUGGGAUUUUAAUUUCAUUGGUGAAUGUGUUAUUAGGCUUUAAGCUUUUCACUAUUAUAUGAAAAUUAAUUUAUGGCAUUAGCUUUUGGUA